UGGUUAUAAAUAGCUUUGAAAGUUGUUAUUCUUUCCUUCACAGAGUAACCGAAACACAAGCCAAUUCGACAGGUUCCAUCAACAUGCUCCCUCCAGCGUUGAACAUCCCCAAAUGGCUGGAAGCCAACUCGCAUCUGCUGCAGCCGCCCGUGAAUAACUACUGCGUAUAUCACCCAUCGUCGCCCGCGACGGCCGGCUACACGGUGAUGGUGGUGGGCGGACCCAACGCGCGGACAGACUACCAUAUCAACACGACGCCGGAGUUCUUCUACCAGUACCGGGGCUCGAUGCUGCUCAAGACAGUCGACACGAGCGUCACGCCGCCCCGGUUCCAGGACAUUCCGAUCCACGAGGGCUCGUUGUUCCUCCUGUCGGGAAACACGCCGCACUGUCCCGUACGAUUCAAGGAUACGGUGGGCAUUGUGCUGGAGGUGCCGCGCGGGGAGGACACCGUCGACGCCAUGCGCUGGUACUGUCGGUCCUGCAACGAGGUCGUGUGGGAGAAACGUUUUGUCUGCACUGAUCUCGGCACGCAGGUGAAGCAGGUUGUCGAGGAGUUCGGUGCUGACCUCGCCAAGCGGACGUGUAGCAAGUGCGGGACCGUUGCCGACACACGAUUCAAGGAUGGCGAACUC